AUGAGUACUCAAAACAAUUCUGAGACAUUCGAAUUCAAUUUGUCUUCUUCCAAACCUGAUUUCACCGGUUCGAAUCAUGUCCGGACGACUAGGGUGAGAGAUGAUGUAGGAUGGUUACCAGCUGAACCAAUUCGAUCUACCACUUAUAAAGUUGACUUUACACCUUCGACCGCUGAGCUGAGGGAUGAUCCUGUUCGAAUGAACUCUGAAAGGAAUGACAAGGAGUGGUUCCGAAUUGGUCUCGCUCUUUCUCAUAAUGAAACAGUUGCUGGUUUAAGCGAAGAGGAAGAAAUAUAUGCUACGAAGUAUUUUGAUUCAUACGCAUGUCUAAUUCCUCAGAAAGAUGUGAUGAUUGCAACUCUUGAUAAAACUUUUGAACCCCAUAGAUUCUCCAAUACCAUCCCCAGCAAUGGACAAGGUACUUACACCCCAGGAUCCUCUACAAAGAUGGGGUUCAAUGCAGUGGUACCGACGGGAAACCCAGACGAAGCGACGGAAUCCAGAUCGAGAUACGCAACUAUCACAAAACUCAAUACAGCUACUGGACGUAAAUUGAGAGGAUAG